GAGCAGCUUACUAUCGAAAUCACUGAAGGAACGACACAGUAGAAUUCUUGACAAUGCAGGUGGAGCUCGUGCCGGUGCUCUCGGACAAUUACGCGUAUCUGCUGAUUCACUCUGCCACCCGCGUGGCAGCGGCAGUCGAUCCGGUGGAUGCUGCGAAGGUCUACAGUCGUGCCAAGGAGCUGCAAGUGUCCAUCUCUAUGAUCUUGACUACCCACUCGCACUGGGAUCACGCUGGCGGCAAUCGAGAGCUCGCUGACCUCAUUUACAAGCAUGAGAAUCGUCAAAUUCCGGUGGUCGGCGGACCUGGAGACGCCGUGGAAGCUCAGACGCAGACUGUGACUAGUGGAGACGUGGUUAAGGUCGGAGAUCUUGAUGUCAAGGUCUAUUUCACCCCGUGCCACACACGAGACCACGUGCUGUAUCAUUGCCAGGACGCUCUCUUCACGGGCGACACGCUGUUUAUCGCGGGAUGCGGUCGGUUCUUCAGUGGCAAUUCGGCAGAAAUGCACCACGCUUUGAAUGAGGUGGUGGCUAAGCUGCCGGAGGAGACAAAUAUCUAUUGCGGCCACGAGUAUACGGCGAGUAAUUUACGCUUUGCAGCUCAUGUGGAGCCGGAGAAUGAAGUCGUGCAGAAGAAGUUGGAGUGGGCCAUUGAGAAGACGAAGGACGGUGAACCUACAGUCCCAUCGUCGGUGAAGGAAGAGUUGGCGACGAACCCAUUCAUGCGUGUGACGGAAGCCAGUGUGCAGAAGUUUGCGAAUGGCGAGAAAGAUCCGAUCAAAGUGUUGGGAUUUGUCCGUGCUGCUAAGGACAACUUUGUCAUUGGAAAGUAGACGGUUGGAAAUGGGUCCACGAGCUGUAUGAAAACGCUGAGGUUGAUAUUUGCUGAACGACGAAGUGGCAAUGGACAUGUUAAGGGCUCAAGUUGAACAAAUCGAACCAUCAGAAUAUGAAAUUGUCUGGACAGCCAUACCGUACAAUCAAUACUAAUAUCCGAGAAAUUACUCGCAUCUAUCUAUCAGUAUAAGAAGGGUAAAGCCUGAUAGACAGGCAUUAACCUGAUGGACGUUUUAAACUCGGGCGAAGACACUGUUUCCAGCCAUCGAUAUUUUGUGCGCGCUCAAUAUUCAUUCUGCGCUGGUGCUCUACAAUGUCUUGUCUCCAGAAUCUCGACAUAAAACUCCUACCGCUCGACACACCUGUAGUACUAAUUACGGGGCGUGAAGAGUAUACUGUCGGACGUCCUUUUCAAGCGUCAUCGGGUUUCGUCGAAAUUCAUCCUGUGAGGAACGGGAUGGUCACACUUCGGAGCGCUACAAUGAAGAGCCAACAUCUGCUACUAGAAACUUUCAUGGAAUUCCUUCUGUCCUGAUGGAUCUGGACAACGCGACAAAAUUUGAUGUCAAAUUAUCCCAGAUUGGUGAUGUCGUUUUCCUUGAAAACUAACGAAUGGUUGGCUGGCUGCUCACGGAGGUAUCCAACUGAAUGCCGUCAAUGGUUAAUUUUAAAGCCGUGCAAAUUUGAUAUUACUGCCGCCAUCCUCGAGGAUGUAGCUAAGAAUGAUGUUUUGACCACAAGACCUCGAGUUAUCAUGCAUUUAAUCGCAAUGGGCAAGCCAAGCAAGAUUAUUGCUGAAAUUUUGACGCUAAUAUUCGGACCAGCUGAUGCAAUCGCCAGUACGGACAAGAGUGAUAUUGAACGCUGCAUGCAGGUACUGAAGUUGUUGAAUAACGGAAAACCGCCAGAGGACAUUGCUGGAUUCGUGAGUCUUCUGUAUGGCACAAACUCUUUCGUCGAGGUGAAAAAUGGAGAAAAACUUGAAAAUCGAAGUCAAACAACCGCAAAUUGGAAAUCUGGGGCAACAAGGUACUACCAGCCCAGACGUUGUGUACGACAAUUUAUGCUAAGUCUUGUCAGUUCAUGAUAACUCGACGGCGUCGAUUUUGCUCCAGUAGAUCUGCCUCUAGAAACUCCUGUUCCUGAUGAAUUCAGCUGGGGUGAUCAUGUGAAACAUCGGAUUGAAUUCCAGUUGACAGAUAUGGUUUGGUUGUCAUUCGAAACGCUGGUGAAACGGAAGAAUAUUUGAAACAUGGAGAAUGUCUGUUUGGUCCAUCACAAGAAAAUUCAAGAUAAAAGUGUCACUAGAUGGAAAUAUUGCUGUGCUAAACCCAUCAACUAAGUAUAUGCUAGAAAUUGAAGAUAAAGGCGCUGACAAGAUGUUUGUGUGUCAUACCACAUAUGAGGAGCCAACGCAAACUUUGUGGUUACUGCCCCUGGAGCCGUUGUCUUGGUCGGACUACAAAAUCUUGUCCUACAUCUUUCGCCGUCAACAGAUACUAAAACUGUUGGAUACGGGAAAAUCUUUGACUGAGGCUAGUAACAGGAUGGCUCUGUUGAACGCCUUGUAAAACUGACAAAUUCGCGUGAGUAGAUGAUGCAUUAAGGGCGUUACAACUGAAGGAAAACACAAGCAAGGAAAUGCAAGAAUCGAGCUACGAGCACGUUUCGACUUUUUUUUAUAAUCGAAUAAGCGUCUAGGUGACGAUUUCAUUUGUAAACGG